AUGACGCUCAUCAAAGAGCCAAUCAUGGAGCCGGUGAACAUCGCGGACGUUCACAAGAUCGCGCAACAGAAGCUCGCCAAGCCAGUAUGGGAUUAUUACGUGACCGGCGCUGAUGACGAGUAUACACUUGCGCGCAAUCAUGAAGCCUACAAUGACAUCCUCCUACGGCCUCAAAUGCUUCGCAACGUGAGCGACAUUGAUACCUCAACCACCAUCUUCGGCAAACGUUACGAUAUCCCGAUCGCGAUCGCACCGAGUGCCUAUCAGAAACUGGUCGGCGGGGAGGGCGAGCUCGACGUUGCUCGCGCCGCAUUCAACCUCGGAACAAACCUCACGCUAUCAAGCAACGCCACGACUUCUCUCGAGGAUGUCUCAGCAGCAAUUCCCCAGCGCGGCCCAGAUUACCCCCGUCCUUGGUUCCAGCUCUACUUCCUCGGCAGCCGAGAUCUCACGGCGAAGCUCAUCAAGAGAGCCGAGAACGCGGGCUACGAGGCCUUGGUCCUGACUGUCGACACUGUCAUCUUGGGCAACCGCCUGCAAGAACGGAGAACCCCUCUGGAGCUCCCUCCAGGAAUUGCUAUGGCCAAUGUUGAGUCGCGCAAGUCCGGCGCCAUUUCCACAGCCGGGCUACUCUUGCGCGCUAAGACGAUGGCGGAGCAUAAGAAGAUCCAAGAAGAGAACCACGACCAUCUCGUCGACGCCAGCUUGGAGUGGAACGAGGUCAUUCCUUGGUUGAGGUCGCAAACCAAGAUGAAGAUCGUUUUGAAGGGAAUUUUGACUGCGGAAGAUGCGCAGAGAUCAGUAGAGGCUGGUGUGGAUGCCAUCGUUGUGUCAAAUCACGGUGGGCGCCAACUUGACGGUGUGCCGUCGACAAUUGAGGCGUUACCUGAGAUCACGGAUGUUGUCAGAGGCAGAAUCCCAGUCAUCGUCGACGGCGGUAUCACAAGGGGAACCGAUGUUUUCAAGGCCCUCGCCCUCGGCGCCGACCUGGUUCUCAUUGGCAGAACUGCACUGUGGGGAUUGGCUUGGGAUGGUCAGAAGGGAGUCGAGGGAGUUCUCAACAUCCUCGAGAGAGAGUUGACAAGAGCUAUGGCACUGAUGGGAACCGCAAAGCUCAAGGACAUCUCAAGAGGUCUGCUUGGACGGGCCAGGCAGAACGGGUUCGGUGUUGCGAAGCUAUAG